ACAUACUAGUUGUUGACCCGUCCAAAGGUUCUGGCAUGCUCUUUUAUUUAACUGAGUUGCAUGUCUAAGCAUCAGGGGUCAGAGGUCUGUGGCAGUGUUUGUCCACUGAAGCAUGUGCCACUUCAGUCUCCCUCGGCGUUCAAUACUUUGUAAACACCCUUUUUCUAUCCACGCCAUACCAUUGGUGGAUUGUGGAGGGCAAAGACGACCAAGGAGCCAAUGGGACAAAUAGACAAAGAGUGAUCUCCCUCCAGACUUAACAAGUACAUAGUCUGUCUCUCUCUUCAGUCUCCUGCCUGAUAUCUGUCUCCAGGUCUCUCUGUCCAAGUGUGUGACAGGUAUUUCUCAGCAGGAUGUCUAAUUUAAAGGAGAUUUGCAGUGGUUUACCCCUGGACCCUUUACCACCUAACCAGGGAAGAGAUCCUAGUGUGCCACAUGCACCUAUUCGGACUCCCAACCUUACAGCAAAGGAGGAGCGGCUGGCGCUGAGAAAUGCCCUGCGAUAUUUCCCUCCCUCCUGCCACGCAACGCUUGCACCCGAAUUUGCUCAAGAGCUGCGGCAGUACGGGCACAUUUACAUGUAUCGCUUCUGCCCCACGUUACGCAUGAGAGCCUACCCCAUAGAUCAGUACCCGUGCCGCACACGUCAGGCUGCCUCUAUGAUGCUAAUGAUCAUGAACAACCUGGACCCAGCAGUUGCUCAGUUUCCCCAGGAGCUUGUGACCUACGGAGGGAACGGACAGGUGUUUAGUAAUUGGGCCCAGUUUCGACUGGUGAUGCAUUACUUGAGUCAGAUGACAGAGGAACAAACUCUGGUCAUGUACAGCGGUCAUCCCAUGGGCCUGUUCCCCAGCCUACCUUCAUCACCUCGUGCCAUCAUCACCAACGGCAUGGUUAUUCCAAACUAUUCCUCCAGAGAGCAGUAUGAAAAGAUGUUUGCUCUCGGUGUAUCAAUGUAUGGUCAAAUGACAGCAGGCAGCUACUGCUAUAUUGGACCUCAGGGGAUUGUUCAUGGCACUAUGCUGACGGUGUUGAAUGCCGGUCGGAGGUACCUGGGCUCUGGUGACUUGAGGGGACGUGUCUUUGUGACUUCUGGGCUGGGGGGCAUGAGUGGAGCUCAGGCUAAAGCUGCUGUCAUUGCCGGUUGUGUUGGCGUGAUUGCAGAGGUGGAUGAGUCUCCCCUUAGAAAGAGACAUGAGCAGGGCUGGCUGAUGGAGGUCUCCAGCAGCUUGGAGCACUGCAUUAAACGCAUCCGAGAGGCCAAGAGCCGCAAGACUCCCCUCAGUCUGGGUUACCAUGGCAACAUCGUAGACUUGUGGGAGCGGCUGGUGAUGGAGUAUGAGCAGACAGGGGAGUGCCUAGCUGAUCUGGGUUCAGACCAGACAUCCCUUCACAACCCAUUCAACGGAGGCUACUACCCAGUCCAGCUCAGCUUCCACCAGGCGAACCAGCUUAUGUCGGCCGAUCCUAAACAUUUCCAAACCAUGGUCCAAGAAAGUCUCAGACGACAGGUGAAGGCCAUCAACAAGCUAUCUGAUGCAGGGAUGUUCUUCUGGGAUUAUGGCAAUGCAUUUCUCCUGGAGGCUCAGAGAGCUGGAGCAGAGGUAGAAAAGGUUGGCGGAGGAGCAACAGAAUUUCGUUACCCUUCUUAUGUCCAGCACAUUAUGGGGGACAUUUUCUCUUUGGGCUUUGGCCCAUUUCGCUGGGUGUGCACAUCUGGUGACCCCCAAGAUCUCACUGUAACCGAUGACAUUGCUGCUACUGUCCUGGAAGAAAUCGGUUCAGGUGUGACUGAUAGUAUCAGACAGCAGUACAAUGACAACAUCCGCUGGAUCAGAGAGGCUAGAAAACACAAAAUGGUUGUGGGAUCCCAAGCCAGAAUCCUCUACUCUGACCAGAAAGGAAGAGUCAGCAUUGCUUUGGCAAUCAACCAGGCUGUUGCUGAUGGAAGAGUUUCAGCUCCUGUGGUUAUUAGCAGAGACCAUCAUGAUGUCAGUGGCACAGAUAGCCCCUUCAGAGAGACCUCUAAUGUGUAUGAUGGAUCUGCCUUCUGUGCAGACAUGGCGGUGCAGAACUUUGUCGGUGAUGCGUUCAGAGGUGCCACGUGGGUUGCCCUGCACAACGGUGGUGGUGUUGGCUGGGGCGAGGUAAUGAAUGGAGGGUUUGGUUUGUUACUGGAUGGCUCAGAGGAGGCAGCAAAACGUGCCAGUCUGAUGCUCAACUGGGAUGUUUCUAAUGGGGUGGCUCGUCGCUGCUGGUCUGGAAACCCGAAUGCCUAUGAGACCAUUCAGCGCACCAUGGAGGAGCAAAGGCAGCUGCGGGUCACCAUGCCCUUUCCUGUGCAGGAUGAGCAAGUGCUGGAUCGGGCCCUGCAGGGCUAGCCAGCCACUUAGCAUGGGUUAACAACCAGCUAAAACCACACAGAAAAGGAAAUGUGUAAUUGUAAUCACUUCAGUAGAUCUAGCUUUUCAUAUUAUUAGAUUUCACCCACAAAGACCGCUCAGUUCACUGGAAGCCUUCUAAAUAUUCAGCCAGUAAUUCAUUAGUUAAUAAAUGAGUUGCAAUGGUAUGUGACGAGUAUGUUCUUUAUCUUUGGUGCUGAAAAUUAUCAAAAGCCUGUAUAAAUUAUAACUCUCAUAUAGGUUGUUUUUGUGUCCAUAAUCCACAGAAUUAUUUAGUCAAUAAAUUGUAAAUAACAGGUUAAUGGUGGGAAUGGAGGGAAACCAGACAAAACGUGGCAAACCCUGGCCGCCACAGCAGUAGUGUUAGUGUUAAAAUGUUCUCUGGUGAUCCCAUUCCAGUCGAGGCUCUUAAUUGUCUAGGGAAUGUCUAUAAGUGCCAUUCUGCACUGAUGCGAGU